UAUUCCCCCUGCCCUCCCAUCUUUGUCUGGCGUACACGAAGAGGAACGCAGCAGACACGAGUGGCCGCCGAGCAACUACACCACACACGCAGGACAAUCGGGGAAAGAGAAGGAAAACACAAAUGCCGAUCGCCGGUGGAAUUCUGGUCGCUGGAACCGCGGCUCAUUGCCUGUCUUCCGCCGCUGGCAUGCUUCGAUUCCUCGCUAGACUUUCAGGGAGGCGGCGGCACGUGCGCCGGAGCUCGGGGCCAGGUGGUGGAGCUCGUGCCGUUGAAGAAACAGAAGAGGCUGCUGCUGCGGCUGUUGUGGGGGUGGGAGAAGGGUCCGGCGUCGAUGGAAGGGGAGUAGUAGUAGUAGGAGGAGGAUGCGAGACGACGGUAGGAGCGAGCGUACUCGAGGAGGUCAGUUCACCGGUGGCGGAUGGCGAGGUCUGCUGCGGCGACAGCAGUACCACCAACUACCACCGACCACAUCACCUCCAUUAUAUACACCGUCGCUACAGUCAUCGUCACCAGCAACAGCAACAACGUCACCGAUGUCACCAGCGAAGGGACAGCGUGCAAGCAGCGGCUAGCGACGAGGUACUCGUCGUCGACGAGGAAGCCGACGAUGAGGCUACGUGUCAGAGCCAGCCAACGGACGCUCGUCACCGGGACAUACACGGGCUGCAUCAUCACCUUCGUCAUCAUCAUCACCAUCACCACCACCACCCUCACCACCACCAUCAUCACCAUCAUCUCCACCGUAUACACGAACGGCUACGGGACGACCGACCUCCGAGCGAUCGAAACCGCGAGGACGUCGAGGAUCAUCGCUAUCCGCGAACCACCGACCGUCACGCGGAUGGUACGACCACCACCGAUAACCCUGCCACCGUCACUGCCAUGACGAGAGGAUGCAGGAUCCCACCCUACCUCGCCACUCUACUCAUCCUCUCUUACACGCUCUUCGGUAUAGCAGACGCCUGUUCGUCGCGGUCGACGCCAAAGCCACGGCCGCCGACGCCGACGCCUCGACCGAACAUCACAUUCCACAUGUACACGUGUCCACCGGAUUAUGCGGAAUGGUACUGCCUGAACGGUGCCACAUGUUUCACUGUCAAAAUCGUCGAAUCCCUCCUAUACAAUUGUUUAUGCGCCAACGGUUAUAUCGGGCAGAGAUGCGAGUUUAAGGAUUUAGAUGGUUCCUAUUUGCCUUCCCGGCAGCGUGUAAUGCUGGAGACAGCCAGCAUCGCCGGCGGUGCCACGAUAGCAGUAUUCCUCGUCGUUAUCAUUUGCAUAGCGGCUUACAUCCACUGUAAGCGAAAGCAAAAGGAAUUGCGGUCGAGUAACUGCGUCGACACGGUAGAUGGUCCUGGCCGAGAUCCGGAGCUGAGGCCGUUUAGCAACCGCAGCCGCUCCCUCAUGAUCUUCAUGACCAAGAAUCCUAAUAGCUCGGCGGCGAUAGAGCAGACGAGAAUGCCCGGAUGGAACUGCCCGGAAGCGGAGUCGAUGAGAAUGGCGUCGAUCAGCGAGGGCAAGCAUUCGAAUCAAUAAUAGCCAAUCUGGUGCCUAAUUCCACGACAACAGAGAGACAGAGAGAGAGAGAUGGAGACACGGGUCGAGGCGGUCCAGGCGUAGAUCAUCGAGAAGAGACACAUAAAGCGUCCAACGGAACGAAUUUAAAAAAAAAACGCUUUCAACAACCUCCCAUUGCUUUCUGUCUUCGUCCAAUGGACCACGUUUCGCGUGAUAGCGAACGAAUACUCCCCUCCUCACGAUUCCUCCGGAAACGAGAGGGAGAACGCCAAUAUCGUUCUUUCACACCUGCCCAAUGCGGCGAGGAUCAAGAUCCAAGGUGGAGGAGGAGGAGGAGAACAGCAGAAGAAGAUCGAAGAGGAAUCGGCUCGAACGCGCACGACGCCGAGGUUAUCUCCCGUGGAAACCGACGUAGGAUUAAAAAUGGAAAGUACGUAGCUUAAACUUUAAAUAGCUGGACCUUUCGGAAGAACAAAGGACGAGGAAACGUGGAAGAAAAAAAAAAGGGGGAUGUUUAAAAAUACAAGACCCGACGGAACGGGGCGGACACUCGAUAGAAGUAUUAGAGAGUACACCCGGUAAAUCACUGUUCCUAUCCCGGAGAAAUGAAUAGUUUAGAUCAGACAAUAAUAAUAAUCGAAAAAGUAACACACA